AUUCACUUCCUCAGUAAAACUUGAGACUCUGUACACAAUAGUCGAUUUAUUUUCCAUCUCUUUUGCAAAAAAUUAGAAUUUUUCUAUUUUUAAUGUUUAAAAAAUUAUCAUUGAUCUUAAAAAUCAAUAGCAGUUAAAUUUACAAUUUGUUUUUUAUUCACAGGAAAAAAAAUUUGUCCACCAGUAUAAAAAAAGAAAAAUGGAUGAUAUUAAUGAGAAAAGUGAUCCAAUAAGAGGAAUAGGAUUUUUAUCAUCUUAUUUACCAGAUGAAGUAAAUUCUGAAACAGAAACAAAAAAUACUUUUCCACCUCCAUAUCAUUUAGAUUUGUCAUUUGAUCAAAAUCCACCACCUUAUACAACAAAUUUAUCUGAUGGCAAUAAUUUUUCAUCAAAAAUCACAAAACCACCUCCAUAUGCUUCCGAAUCAACAGACGAUGAUUGCAAUAAUGGUGAUGUUAAUUCACCAUUAACAAAACGUCUCUAUCCAGAAAUACCAACUGCACCAUCAAUUGAUGAAAUUGAAUAUAAAACAGGUUUAACUGAACAUGAAAGAAGUUGUAUUUUAACUGCAUUAUCAAAAAUGAAGGACAAUGUUUUAUGGAAAUCACAUGAGGAGAAGAGAAAUUUUUCUCUUGCUGAAGAUGAAGUAAUUGAAUUAUUACAUAAUGUUGAAUCGAGACUUACCAAUUCGGAAAAGGAUGAACUUUUGACCGAAAUAAGGAAAAUUAAUAAAAUACGAAACGAUGAAAAAGUCAAAAAUCAUGGACUUACACAAAAUGAAUUUCAAUGGCGCCAAAAUCUUGUGACAAUUGGACUGAAAAUUUUUGAAGUGGCAUUGAGUGUUACAGUUUUUGUCAAUUUAACUGAUUCUAAACGUCCUUUAAAUCGACGUUUAUUCGUAUUGUUUUUUGAAUUAAUUGGAAUAAUUUCAACAUGCUUUUUGGUAUAUUACUGGUGGUGUGACGCUAAUAAAUCACGCAAUAUUCGCAUAAUGGACUGCAUUUUUUGUGUAUUUAGUGCAACAGGCUGUGCAAUAGCUGCUUAUUAUUUUCCAUUUUAUGGAAAUUCGAUAUAUACAUUUUCUGGUAUGAUAAUUUACGCGCUUGACUUUCUUUGGAAAUUUUAUUGCUAAAUAUACAUUUGCUGUGAUAUUAAACAUAUACAUAUAAUAAUCAUAUAUAAAAGGCUAAUUAGUAAAUAAGCACUGCUUGUUUAUACUAGUUAUUUUCAAAAAUGCUCAAAGUAUAUUCUAUUCUAUUAUCGCUUAUAUAAUUAUAUUUUAGAUUAUUACAUUAUUUUUUAUACUCUUCUGCGGUUUGAUAUAUUUUACAUUUUAUUAUAGUAAUCUUUGUUUUGAAUAAAUUCAAGUUAUUAAAUUUAAAUUUAUU